AUGCACGAUACACAACUUUGCGAGCCAAAAUCAGGAAGCAAAAUUCUGAGAGGGCCGAAAAGAUUAUUCAAUAGACGUGGCCCUAUUAGACAAAGUCAUCCAGAACCAAUCUCGGAUCAACCACCUGUUAGGGCUAGAGAGAGUUGGAUUACGCAAAGAUGGACAAGGGACGUAUUGGAGCCCUGGAGGUCACGCUUGGAAAGAACUGACAAUCAGGAUGCACCGUGUACAAGCAGAAGCACAAGCCAAGGUGUUCAAACUCAUCAAUUUAUGGACGAAAAUCGACUUGAUAGAGUACGAAGUGAAAACCUGGCAAUACCAUGUACAAGCGGAGGCACAAACCAAGGCGUCCCAAUUCAUCAAUUUAUGGACGAAAACCGGUUCGAUAGAGUACGAAGUGAAAACCUGGCAAUACCAUGUACAAGCGGAGGCACAAACCAAGGCGUCCCAAUUCAUCAAUUUAUGGACGAAAACCGGUUCGAUAGAGUACGAACUGAAAAUAGUGAGUCACUAAGCACAAGCCAAGGUACAAGCCGAGGUAUCCAUAUCGAAAAAUUGAUGGACGAAAAUCUACUUGUUAGUGCAGGGUAA